GGCGCUAUGUACAGCUAAAUCACGCUGAAUGAUUGGGGUUGUCUGUAAAAUGUAUAACUCAUAUGAUUCUGCAUAAAUUUGUGGUUGUAAUAGAUCGUAUUUCUGACCUAAUGGCCAGUCUCAAAACACGAUUUUACGAACUUUCCUCGAUCGAAAAUAAUUGCAAAAUUGCCUCUGAAAAUACUUAAAACUCUUAAUAUCUCAGUUAUACCUAAAGUAAUUUCGCUACAAAAUAUUAUAAUUAUUUGUCAUCUGUUACUAAAGAAAUUGGCCAAACGAUAUUUUAAAUACAAAGAAUAUUACAUUUAAAAAAAAAUAUUUAUUGAUUUGGCACUUAGGUCCUUGUAUUCUGAAUCGCGUCUUCUCUGUUACUCGUAUUCCAUUAGACAGUGAGCGUUGAAUCGCGCUGCUAGACGGAUGUGCGCUAAGUUGUGCUCUCGGACGUAUAAUAUUUUAUUCAGGAAAAAUUGUUUUAGUUUUAUAAGUUUGAGACAUUCGUGUAGCAUAAGUUUUAUAGACAUAAUUAUAGUGUUAAUAAUAAUUAAAUAUAAGUAAUAAAUUGAUAUUAUAGUAUAAAUUAUUUAAAAUGCGCCCGAAAUUGAAGAAUAUACAAUAUAAAAAACAACAAAAGCAUAUGCUCGAAGUUGUUCGGAAAAGACUUUUGAAGAUUAAUUCUGAAAAUCCAUCAAUUCGACCAGUUUUGCAAGAAAUACAGAAUUCUCAGCACGAAUGCCCUGCAAAAUCGCUGACAAUACCAACAGCUGAACCAACACCAAUCUCAAUAGAUACAGGAGCUAUGCAGAAACCAAAUUAUGAUGGAGAAGUUGCCGAGGAGCAGUUAUACACUAAGAUCGAUCGAGGUACAUAUGAACCAGUGCAAGGUCGAAGAAUCAUAAAUAUUAUGCAUUUCACUUAAAUAAUAUAGCAGCAAUUGCCCAUGGUGUGAAAAAUGAACACAUUGCCAUUAAACAACUUACAUUACAAGAUUAAGUCGUUAUUGACCCUUGUGGUCUAUUCGUGGACCAUGACUUUCCUUUUAUUGGAGCUACACCCGAUAGAUUAAUAGGAGAUGACACAAUUGUGGAAAUAAAAUGUCCGAUAGUGACCUUCAAGAAUGGGCUUAAAGAAUCCAUUCAACAAAAUAAGAUACAAAUAUGGAAUUACAAUAAGAAAACUAAACGUAUAAAUAAGAAUAGUAACUGAUAUUAUCAGAUACAAGGGCAGUUACACGUUUCACGAAGAGCAAAGUGUUUAUUUGGAGUAUGGAGUAGUGAAAAUAAGCCUCUCAAAACAGAAACGAUCUUAAGAGAUGAUGAUUUCUGGGAGAAAAAAAAUGAAAGAAAUACUUCUCAAUUUUUAUAUGGAUUGGCUAUUGCCAGGAUUGGUUGAUUUACGAAGAGCGCGAGGUAUGCCAAGAGAAGAAAAUCCUCCUCCUCCUAAUUCACUCUGUGAUAAAAAAGAAAAUUACCCUUGUAACAGCAGACUGCUUAGUUUUAACGAAUUAUAAUACUACUGGAAAGCGUAAUAAUGGAGGUAAUAAUGUAAUAAUAUAAUUGAAUGUAUUGUAUUUAUCUUUAUUUAUUAAUUGUAUUAUUUCAUAAGUCUCAUGACAUUUAUAUGCCAUUUUUAUUUUAGAUCGGUCGAAGAAAAGGUAGAAUAUGCAUUGGCGUUUUAUAUAGAGUUAGCACAGGAAGUGGAUAUUGUGUGUCUAUUGUGAAUAUCAACAUAUAUAAAAUGUCGACAAUAAUUACUUCCAAUAUAUCUCAGUUAUAUUUAUUCUACUGUACUUUGUACUAUCUUCGAAAAAGAAUACUAGAUAUUAGAUAUAGAAAUGAUUUAGAAAU